UUCGGAACGGAAAGCGAGCUGGCGACGGCGCGGGGCUAACGGCUGCGACGGUGGCGGCUACGGCAGCGGUGCCGUCACUCCGGUGCGGCGCCCGGAGCAGAGCCAGGCUGCGAAGCGGGCGGUUGGGUGGAGCUCGGCACCGGGCAGCUGCGGGGAUGGUGGGUGAGAGGCGGGAAGUCGAGGAAGCUGUGCCUUGAAAGAAAUUUGAAGAAGGGUCAAGUCUUGCUACAAUAGAGAGAUGGAGAGCAACAAACAUAGUGUGACCCCAUCUCUGGUGUUCGCCGUGACUGUUGCCACAAUCGGCUCUUUCCAGUUUGGCUACAACACCGGAGUCAUCAAUGCACCCGAGAUAAUCCUGAGGGACUUUCUUAACUACACUCUGGAGGAGCGGUUGGAAGACCUGCCAAGCGAGGGGCUGCUCACCACACUCUGGUCCUUAUGUGUGGCCAUCUUCUCUGUUGGUGGCAUGAUUGGCUCUUUUUCUGUUGGACUCUUUGUCAACCGCUUUGGCAGACGCAACUCUAUGCUCCUAGUCAACUUGCUGGCCAUCAUUGCGGGCUGCCUUAUGGGAUUCGCCAAGAUGGCGGAGUCUGUUGAAAUGCUGAUCCUGGGCCGAUUGAUUAUCGGCAUCUUCUGUGGACUGUGCACGGGCUUUGUGCCUAUGUACAUUGGAGAGGUGUCUCCCACUGCCCUCCGGGGUGCAUUUGGCACGCUGAACCAGCUGGGCAUCGUUGUUGGGAUUCUGGUGGCUCAGAUCUUUGGCUUGGACUUCAUCCUGGGCUCUGAAGAGCUGUGGCCUGGGCUACUGGGCUUAACCAUCAUCCCGGCCAUCCUGCAAAGCGCAGCCCUUCCGUUUUGCCCUGAGAGUCCGAGAUUCUUGCUCAUUAACAGAAAGGAGGAAGACCAAGCUACAGAGAUCCUCCAGCGGUUGUGGGGCACCCAGGAUGUGGUGCAGGAGAUCCAGGAGAUGAAAGAUGAGAGUGUCAGGAUGUCACAGGAGAAGCAGGUCACUGUGCUGGAGCUCUUCAGGUCACCUAACUACUUCCAGCCCCUUCUCAUCUCCGUUGUCCUCCAGCUGUCUCAGCAGUUCUCUGGGAUCAAUGCUGUGUUCUAUUACUCAACAGGAAUCUUCAAGGAUGCAGGUGUCCAGGAGCCGAUCUAUGCCACGAUUGGAGCGGGUGUGGUUAAUACUAUCUUCACUGUAGUUUCUCUAUUCCUGGUGGAGAGGGCAGGGAGGAGAACCCUGCACAUGACCGGCCUGGGAGGCAUGGCUGUUUGUUCCAUUUUCAUGACGAUUUCUUUGUUACUAAAGGAUGAUUAUGAAGCCAUGAGCUUUGUUUGUAUUGUGUCCAUCUUGGUGUACGUAGCCUUCUUUGAGAUUGGACCUGGCCCCAUCCCCUGGUUUAUUGUGGCUGAGCUCUUCAGCCAGGGCCCCCGCCCAGCCGCCAUUGCGAUUGCUGGCUGUUGUAACUGGACCUCCAACUUUUUGGUUGGAAUGUUCUUCCCCUCAGCCGCAGCCUACUUGGGAGCCUACGUUUUUAUCAUCUUCGCUGCCUUCCUCAUUUUCUUCCUGAUCUUCACCUUCUUCAAAGUCCCGGAGACCAAAGGCAGGACUUUCGAGGAUAUCACCAGGGCCUUCGAGGGGCAGUCUGGGAAAACUGCUGCUGGCAUGGAGCUGAACAGCAUGCAGCCUGGCAAGGAGACCCCUGGUAAUGCCUGAGCCAGACCUCCUCCUUCACCUCCCUCCACUGUGGAAAGCAACCUCCCCUGAAGUGGGGAGACCUCAUCAGAACGAACCAGGACUGCUUCUGAGCGCUGCUAUUCUCUCACCCUACACACUCCAUGAAAACUCAGCUGCACCCAACACUGGGGUUGGUCGGCUCGCCGGUGGCUAUUGGGGAAUACUUAAUUCUCUUGUAAUCAGGAAAGACCAAGUAAGCCUACCUUUAUACCGGGAGAGAAGGGGCCGCAGAUCCCCUUAGGUUCUAAAACCCGCUCACUAGGACAACUAGGGAGUAGGAGUGGGGAGUGGCACAGCCCCCACCCCGCCUUAGCUUGUCAGGAAACAUACCUUCAUAUACCCAGUGUGGAGGGCCCUGGGGAUUGAACAUGAGAGCCUUCCUCACUUGAUACAGCUCUGCACAGCAAAGUAACUUGAGUUUUAUUUAUUUUAUCUUCAGGUUGAAUUGCAUAAAUAUUUAUUUUUUUAAGUAUAAUUUUACCAAAUAAUGAGACAGUAACGAAAUUGAGGUUGGAGGGAGGUGUUUAAAGAGAGGUUCUGGAGGAAAGAAAGUUUGGUGCUGGAGAGAGAGAGGGGACAACAGGGAGUAUGGAUGUUCCUGGUGGCCUGGGAGUCACCUCCUUUGUAGACAGAGGGACACUAUCCCUUGUUAUUUCUCAGAAGAGCGAGUGCCUGUACAAGAAGGCUCAUGGCUUGCUGUGAGCCUUUUAAGAUUAUAGUUUUUAUGUAGUAUUAUUAAAAUCUAGGCUUGUUACUAAAGUGGGCUUUGUAGUUAGUGGUAUUGAUGGAUUUUUAUGUUGCAUGGAGUUCAGGAAAGGGAGGGUUCGGGGGGCUCCCCAUAAGCCUCUGCUUCCCCUGGACCAAACUUCCUCUCUGUCUGUCCUGUGUGCUCGCCAUUUCUUUUCUGUCGGUCCCUCCCAUCACCAAACCGGUGAGCGAGCCGUACGGGACGAGACACAAAGACAGUAGUUCUUGAGAGGCGUUUAGCUUUUUUUUUUUUUUUUUUCAACUUGGUUUUUAAAGAGAUUUUAUGUGUUGAUUUGUUUUAUUUUGGUUUAAAGGGAUUCAUAGCUAACUUGGGUUUUGGUACCUCAGCUCUGGGAAAGGCUUUUUUUCUGAGUGGCUAUAGUGACCUGAUUUGAGUGAAUACAUUGUUGCGCUGGAGUCAUGGCAGCUAGCCUAUGUCUGUUACAAUCUCAGGCUGCCCUUGUUUCCAGUUCCUGUACUAUUGUGCUACAUGCCUAAGGGGCCUUGUCUCUGCUACACACAUUAGAGACGGUGUGAGUGAAGGUGCAGUGUGGUCCACACAUGAGGACAUGAAGGUCUGUGCGCUGUCACUUUGCUCUGGGUGUGAAGUCCCUGGUCCCUUGGCUCCUGUAGCUUUCUCUUUUUGAUUAUUGGAAGCAGCACUGCCUCUGCUGGGUGGAGUUUGAGGGUGGAGGGCUGUGGCUCCUGAAGACCCAGCUGUGGGCAGAGGGAGACUUUAUUUAAAGGGAGUUAAGAAGUGUGGCAUAUUGGUAUGUUGAGAGCAUUGCCAAGAUUCCCUCCUGCCAUAGGUCACAGAUACCUUCCCAACCCUUCCCAACCGUCCCCUCCUCCACUUCCAUAAAUGGAGACAACCCUGAUGGCCCUCACCUGUGUCCCCUAGGUUGCUGGAUCCCACUGUCCUCGGUGCUUACCCAGUUCAGACUCUUUAGGCAAACCUUUGCAUAGAGCGGUAUUUCAGUGCUCUCAGUAUUCACUCACCACUCCCUGUGGCCAUUGUGCAUUUGGAUUUAAAAACUCACAUUGCUGUGGAAAGGGGUUCUGCUGGGAAAAGCGACUCCUCUAACUUGACCUCUUCAGUCCUCUGUGAGUUGGCAGUAAUGCGGGGUGGAGAUUUUACAUCUGCCAAUGGCCAUCUUGUGAAUAUCCUCAUUUAUACUUUCUAUUAACGUUACUGUAGUUUCUGUUUUGAAAUAAAACUUCUGAAUGUA